AACUUCCCCUUAUCACGAAUCCCGUCAUGGAGCAAUCAGUAAUUCUCGCCCAGAGUGUCCAGUUAAGGAACUAUAUGAAUGUCUCUGUCGGUUCCGUAUUGGUGUACAAUUAUCUUCUCAGCCUGCCGGAGGAGAUUGAUUACCUGUGGACGAGGCGUGGCAUGGGUCUUGGGAAGGUCUUAUUCAUCUUGACACGGUACCUUCCUUUCGUUUCGACGCCCCUGGCGAUUGGGCGUACGUAUGCGUGUCAUUUAUUUUUUCAGAGGGCCAUGCAGCUAACAGUCGCUGUAGUUCUGCUAUUUCCUGGAAUCAAUGUCGAGGUAAACCUUUGGUUUUCUCCAAUAUGCGAGAUAGACUACUCAAUUAUCGUACUUGCUUACCAGACAUGCCAAUCUAUCUUCUACGCCUACUCGGCGAUCGAUGUUGCUGUUAUUGUGUUAUCAGAGUGUCUCUUUUUCCUGCGCACCUACAUCAUGUGGAACUGUCGAAGAAGCAUCCUUUAUAUCAUAUCGGCGUUGGCCUUGCUGGGAUUUGUGCCGCUUGCAGCUAUAUUGGCGGCAUUCCUCUCUACAGUAACCAUCGUGGAAUCACCCGUCUCAAAACUAUCUGGAUGUCUCACGGUGAAAGAAUCUUAUAUCCUUCUUUCCGGCACCUUCGUCAUUGUGAUCGUGACCGAGAUAGUAAUAUCUGCCUUGAUCGCGAUCCGGGUCACACAGGGUCGGCCACACUUUGGCCUUCUGAUGAAGACCAUAAUACACGGGGGAGCCAUCUAUUGUUUCUGCGUGACACUAUUCUCGAUAGCAAAUAUGGCCUUGUGUUUGGUUCAUGGCACCACAGAGAUUAUCUUUGAUAUUUAUCAGGCCAGUUUUCACGCCAUUCUUGCCACGCGCUUGCAACUUCACUUGGCUAGCAUACAUGAGUUGGAGCCUUCGGAUACGGGCACAAGGAUAUCGUCAGUACAAUUUGAGAGGCGUGUCAUGAACAGACCAGAGAGCCACAUCUGCGAGCUGGUAAGUCGAAGGAGAUAGUACCGUUCGACCCCGCCAUUCGGCGCUAUGGGGUCAUUACAAUUACUGCCUUCGAGUAUAUGAUUCGUUUUAUUGGCAUAGGGUUUGGGACAACUUACGCUUGGGUGCCAUACGUCGCUACCGAUACGUAGUCUACAUUUAUAGAACAUUUGUGGCAUAUGAAUGCAC